GUGUGCUGUAGUUAAAGACAGACACACUGUACACUUCCUACUCAACACAAUGUCGCAUGCAGUUGAAUCGGAUAUUUUCCAGGUAGUUUGUCAGCACGGAGGCAGUUUAGAUUUUAAAACUUUGCAUCAGAUACUGCGGAAACGUUUCUCCGUGCCAGAUGAGGUGCCUAGAGAAGCUCUGUGUGAGUUUGACAGGCUGUUGGUGGUGGAAGGCCGUGAGAAAAGAGCAGGAGGUGAGCUUUUCAGUGCUGAUACUGUGAUCAUCUCUAAAACACCACUCAGAGUUUGUAAGACUCUCCCUGGGCAGUGUACUGGAUGUGAAUCUUUGCACCUUUGCAGGUAUUUGGUUUGUGGAAACUGCAGGUUUAGGGAAAAAUGCAAAAACUCCCACGCCUUGGAUUCGUCUCAUAACUCAUCACUCCUGAGCAAAUUUGGACUCCAGCAACUUGGACAGUCUGCACUUUUCCAACUGUUGCUGCAAAAUGACCCCUACCUUCUUCCAGAAGUUUGCGUCCACUAUAAUAAGGGGAACGGAGAACAUGGAGGCUGUAGAUACCAGGAGUCCUGCUCCAACCUGCAUGUUUGCCAGCACUUUUUACAGGAUGACUGUAAAUUCGGGGCUACCUGCAAACGAGCUCAUUCUUUUGAUGCUGCUGCUGUGAAAAUUCUUAAUGGGAGAGGACUCAGCCAAGAAAACAUCAACAAUUUCAGCAAGAUUUACAAAAAUAGGUUUCUGAUUAGUUCGAAUAAGGGUAAACCAUCUGGUCCUCAUGUCUCUGGCCCUAAACCAGUCAAUCCUGGAACAGUAUCUUUAGCUGCUGGAGAAAGUUCAAAGCCAGCAAUUGAACCUGAGCCAAGUGAGAUUUGCCUUUUCUUCAUACGCAGAAGUUGCAGCUUUAAAGAGAAGUGUGUGCGUGUUCAUUACCAUUUACCGUAUAAAUGGGAGAUUUUAGAUAAGAAUGGACAGACAUGCAAAAACUUAUCAAAUGGAGAAGCAAUUGAGAGAGCCUUCUGUAAUCCAGCUAAUGAUGUGAGUCCAGGGCCUGAGACUGUUAACUUCAUCUGCAUGACAUGCGGAGGGAAGCAAAUUCGUCGUCUGUCCACAGCAUCAUCUGUUACCAAACCCCCUAAUUUUAUCCUGACCACUGAGUGGCUCUGGUACUGGAAAAAUGAAAAAGGAGAAUGGAUUGAAUAUGGACAGGGGACGGAUGCACAAUUGAACACUUCCCUUACCUCUCAGACACUAGAGAACAUUUACCAGUUGGAUCCCCAGAGUGAAAUCUCUGUCAGUUCUGAGAAACAUACCUACAUGCUGUACUUUAAAGACAUGUAUCAGCAAAACAUCCUGUACCAAACAAAGAGAGAGAUUCGCAGGAGGCCAAGAUUUGUCUCUGCUUCAGAGGUUGAGAGCAAACUAAAGAGUGAAAGCACCAGCACCUUUUCUGUGACAGUUCCUGCUCACUGGGAUAGAGGAGCUUUACCAAGCUUCUCAUACAAGUUGGUUUCCCUGUCUAGGACAGAGGCAGAAUUUCUCAUGAUAGAAAAGCUCUUUAAACAGACCAUGCCAACGUAUACCAUCAGCAGCAUUGAGAGAAACCAGAACAGCUCUCUAUGGAAGGUUUUCCAGUGGCAGAAAGAGCAGAUGAAGGCACAGAAUGGAGGGAGAGAUGUGGAUGAAAGACUCUUGUUUCACGGCACACAGCAAUCUCUAAUAGAGGCCAUCUGUGAGCAGAACUUCGACUGGAGAAUUUGUGUGAAUGGCACAUUGUAUGGAAAAGGAAGUUAUUUUGCCAGAGAUGCCUCCUACUCUGAUCAAUACUCUCAGUCUGCAGGCAGCAAAAAGAAGAUGUUUGUGGCACGGGUCCUGGUGGGCCACUACACCAUGGGCAGCAGCAGCUUUGUCCGUCCUCCUUCUAAAGCAAUAGGCAAAGGCUUCUAUGACAGCUGUGUGGACAACUGCAGCAAUCCGAGCAUUUUUAUCAUCUUUGAGAAGUACCAGAUUUACCCUGAAUUUGUAAUAGAAUAUGCACCUGAGGAAUCCAGAUGUUUGAUUUCAUAAUUAUCCGUGGAGAAUCAUAUUAUAUUAGAUUUUUUAGAGUAUUAAGCACAUGUAAUGAAGGAAUCAAUGAUGAAUAUUCAAUUACAAUAUGUUUGGUGUUACAGCUGCAAUAUUACACUUACACUAUAAUAGAUGUGUGAAGGAUGUGAUCUGAUUUAAAAGCAGGACAUGAGGAAUUUGUUCUGUAAAGAUGAAGGAAGAUGUUUGGUUUAGUCAGUAAAUAUUACUAUAUGUAUUUUUCUUGUGGGGAUGAUGAGCCAGUGCAACAAAGACACUAUGGAUUGUGCCAUAAACUUGGUUUCUUUAGUUAAUUUUUUGUUGCCUUGGGAGGUUUACUCUACACUAUAUAGACAAAAAAUCGAACACCUGACUUUCCCAGCCAUGAAUGUUUUUUUUCUCGAACUGUUGCCAGGCAUACAAUUGAUAAGCUGUCUUUGGAUGUGAUAACAUUACAUUUUUCUUUCACUUGAACUAGGAAACCCAAACCUGUUCCAGUAUGACAGUGGCCCUGUGUACAACGCUAGCUCCAAUAAUAUAUGGUUAAUAUAAGAAAACCAGAGUGGGAGAUAAUACAGAGGAAGUUGGAGAAUAAUCAGUAGGAAGGCUAAGGAGAAGAUGUGGAAUGAGGAGAGAGGAGGAAGAGUUGAUGCAGGUGUGCGAAGGCCGUCAGAAUCUUCAGUCUUGUCAGUCUAUGUCUCCUGGUGAAGAACAGCAUGUAGGUCAGGCGAGGUCUGUGUGCUCAUAUCACGCGUAAAGGUAUGCUGCACGAUGCGAGGAUGCAGGAAGGGGUUAUCUGGACCAGUGGGGGUAGAUAGAUUCUCAAUUAAUUGUGCAACCUCAGUUGCUAGGGAGAGGCGUUGAAACUGAUGAUACUGUCUUCGAAGACUGCUCUUAAGAGCUGUCCCAGAACAUCUGCGAGAAGAAGCUGAAUAAAAGAAACCAAUAAAGAGAAGUUAGUGGAGGUCAACAUCAAAAGGACUAGACAUAAGAUGUGAAGGACCACAUCACAAGAACUUGACAUAAGAUAAAUGUGUGCAGGUGGCAGAACUAAAGAAGGAACAAGAUAACAAGCCUGUGAAUAUUAUUACUCAAGGCCAUAUAACACAGUCAGCGUUAAGGCAUAUAAUAAAGUAAGGCAUAUAAUAACUUAAAAUACUAAGACGAAUAAGUAGAACAACAGUUAAGCAUAUAUGAACAUAUACAGUAAUCUAUAUAGAAGGAUAUUAGCCUGACUUAAUAAUACUAGAAUAGAAAAUAGCAAUAAAAAUUAGAAUAAAAGCAGAAAACUUUGCAGAUGCAGGAAGGCAAAAAGGCCGCAAAAUGAUUGUUUAGGCACGGAGGAUAAUAAUAAAAUGAGAAAAAACCUGAGGAAGAAAGGUUUUCUACACAUACAUUUGUUUUUUUUAUUCUAAAAGAGCAAGGCCAAAAAUGAGGGUAACUGAGGGAAACAGGAAGCCCAAAUAUAGGGGUUGAGAACCAAGGUCAGGAGAUAAUGGGAAAUUAAAAAUAUAGGAUGUGAAAGAAGUUAUAAAGAAAUAGGGGGAAACUGGCAAGGAAGGAGAGUUUAAAAAAAGAGAUAACACAUCAAAGAUAUGCUAUGUGGCAUCAGGGAAUAAAUAUGAGAAUGCGUAGAGAUUCUGUGCACUUGAUCAUUUUGCUUGUGAUUGAGUGCCCACCUUUUAUAUGCUCAUUGAUACGUGACUGCAAUAAAGAAGUUUUGCUUUCCUCA